AUGUCAAUGGAGAUCAGAAAUCGGGCAAGGAAGGCCCCAAAACAGCAACCAACCCUGCAAAAGGAGUCUUCUAGUAGUCUCGCUGUCGGUCUAUUUAUCAUUCGAAUCGCCAACUCGCUAACUAUCACCACUUACUUCCAGCCCGAUGAAUACUUCCAAGCACUUGAAGUGGCGCACCACUAUGUGUUUGGUUACGGAUUUGUCACCUGGGAGUGGAAGGAACAUCUCAGAUCGGCUAUCCAUCCUCUCAUAUACGCAUUGGGCUACAAGACGAUGCUGGCCAUUCUGGAGGACUGGAUCCAAGUCAGCCCCAAAAUCGUUGGGGCACUUAUGGCUUGUAUAGGAGACGUUGCUGCGUAUCUUUUCUUCAGGAACUACACCAGAAGCGAGCAGUUGGCCCGGAUCGGGUUGGUUUUGUGGGUGCUAAAUCCUUUCAACUGGUACGUGUUGACGCGGGCGUUUUCCAAUAGCUUUGAGACGGUAUUGACUAUCGUUGCAUGGGUCUACUGGCCAUGGGACAGCAGCCAGCUCCACUACCAGAGCUAUGUCUGUGCCCUUGGCUUUGCUUUUGUCAGCUGUAUCGUGAGGCCCACCAAUGCUAUUAUCUGGGCAUGUCUUGGAGUGAAUCUAUUGCUCAAGGCGAAAAAACCGGCUAGAAUAAUUGUGGUCUCGGCCAUAGAGUUGGUGGUACUUUUAGGAGCCAACUGCCUAGUUGACUAUGCUUUCUACGGCUCCGUAACCUUUCCCUUGUACAACUUUCUUGAGUUUAACGUCGUCAGAAACCUAUCAGUUUUCUACGGAGUUGCUCCCUGGCACUUUUACCUCUUCCAGGGAAUUCCCUUGAUGAUGAUGCUAUACCUCCCGUUCUUGCUCGUGUCGUUGUACAAAAAUUACCGGGAUCCGUUGGUGCAUUCGGGAGUGAUCGUGCUCAUUGGGUUUUCGCUUAUUGAUCACAAGGAGUUCCGUUUCAUCUACCCUCUCCAGCCUUUGAUGAUCUUGCAGUGUGCCUAUGCGGUGAAGGAGGCUCUUGCAAAGUGGCCAAGAAACAAAUCAUACUUUAUUUUUGGGUCGAUUGCUCUUCUUCACUUAAUGGUGGCAUUUUUCUUCACCAGAGUGAACGAAAGAGGAGUGAUCGAUUUGAUCGGCUAUAUGAAAUCGUCUCCCGAAAUUGACACUGUGGGAUUUCUCACACCCUGCCAUUCUACUCCAUGGCAGAGUUAUUUACACGACACCAAGUUUGAGAGUUCUUGGUUUUUGACAUGCGAGCCUCCUUUGACAGUUCCAAUUGAAGGCUAUAGGGAUGAGUCUGACCAAUUCUAUGACGACCCCAUAGGCUUCAUGGAGAAAAUUCCUGACAGCAAAUGGCCCAGCCACCUUGUGAUUUUUGAAGCCUUGAAGGAAGAUGUGGACGAAUAUCUAGCCAACAAGGGGUACAGUGAGAAGAAGCGGUUUUUCAACAGCUUCUUCCAUUGGGAUGACCGAAGAAAGGGAGACGUGAUCGUAUACCAACGCUCGAAGGGAAAUUAG